UCAUAUUCGUAUACGCAGCCGCGUCGCCGAUGUCCGCCGGGUCCUGGCUGGUGUCCGUGGUACACACUGCGGAGGCCUUGGGCGGGCGAGGAGGGGUGGGUGAAAAGCGCGGUCACCCCGAACUUGAAAAAUUCAAAUUCGAAUUUUCGCGGACUCAAGGCAGCAGGGGCGCAGGACGGUCGGGCGACGCGUAUGACGUACAAAAGACGGCGCUGGCGAAGUGUUCGGCGCGGGUAUCCAUCUUCCAAGUCCACGCGAGUUGCGAGCAGCGGGGGCAACUUCCGGCAAGGCGCAUCGUCGCCACCAUCGCUGUGUGCUGUCUUGUGGACUCCGACACACGCCAUCUUCUGUUGCAGCGUACGUCAGCGGCCGCAUCUACGGGUCCGGUGUGCGUGUCUCUCUUCACUUGGUUCAGCAGCGGGCGUGUCUUCAGCGUUUGUGGCAGGCGUCACGCUCUUCGGGGAGGAAGAUUCCCAGAGAUGGAUCUUCGCGUCAGCGGGCACGGUCUGCGCAAAGAGGAGAUCGACGCGGUCGCGAUGGCGUUCACUGCCGUCGUCGUGAACACGAUGGGCGGCAUGUCGUCGUCCUCAAGCGACAUGCUGACACAGCUCCGAAAACGAAGAGUGUUGUUGCAGCGCAUUGCCGAAGCGCCGGAUUGCGUGGCAGCGUGUGAGGCAGUCGUCCAGUCAUCUGGCGUUUUCCCGCGGCGGACCCCGCGUUGGUGGAUCAAACGACGGACUGGCGGGACAUGGGAGGAUCUCCGCCUCUGUGAUGACGCGACGGGCGAGUAUUACCGGCAGAAGUUGAGCAUGUCAUGGGCCAUGUUCAGACAGAUCGUUGCCGCGUGUGCCGCGUACGUGGAGAAGAAGGUGACGCACUAUAGGAUGCCUUUGCCAGUGGAGCAGGUGAUCACUUUCGCGUUGUACAGGUGGGCGUCAGGAGAGACGUACGAGAGCGGCACUUCGUCCUUCGGCAUCGGCAGGGCAACUGGACUGCAGGCCGUCCGCAACGUCACUUCAGCGCUGCUCCAGGCGUACCCCGACGCUAUCAAGUGGCCAGUUGGCCGUGGACGUGCGCAGAUUCUGCGCGCAUUCCGUGACAAGGGUUUCCCAAACUGCUUUGGCGCAAUCGACUGUACACACAUCUACAUUGACAAGCCUGCCGGCGCACCUUCCGACAACUACUACGACCGCAAACAAAAGUUAUCCGUGCAGGCGCAGGUGGUGGUGGAUUUGGAUCUGCGGAUCCUCGAUGUCCACAUCGGAUACCCGGGAAGCGUGCACGAUGUACGCGUCCUGCACAAUUCCCAGCUGUGGAGGCGUGCAGAAGCUGGCGAGUUGUUCGACGCACCUCCGGACAAUCUGCCGCACGGUGUCGUCACGCGAGGUUACCUGCUAGGCGACAACGGUUAUCCAGUUGCCUGUCCAUGGAUCGUGCAGCCGUACGGAGGAAUCGACCAACAUCCUGACGACGAGCGCUUCGACACGCGGCAGAAGGUGGCGCGGGGCGCCCCCAUUUGCACGGCCGCGCGGAAUGCAUACGCGACGCGGAUGACGGUGGACUCCUGGUGCGCCGCCAUGUCGUCGUCCUCUGGUCUGUCCUCGAUGUUGGCGCCGGCGAACCAAAGCGGUAGGUCAAUGGACAGAUCUAUCGUGUGCGCGCAAAUCGCCGGACUGACAACCUCGCACCACUCCUCGCCGUACCACAUGGCACGCGCAAUGUCCGUCGCAAAGGAUUCCAGCGAGUACUGGAAAGCCACAUGGUAUCCCCUUGGCCGAUUUCCGGACUUGAAUACCCAUCCGUGCAAGAUGCRCRGAGCAAYGUUCUCCACUDCCGCCGCACGGGAGAUCGCUUGCUGCAGCUGCGAUUGGUCGACGAUCCUGGCCACGCGCGUGCUGGCUUUGGGCAGAACGACGCUCCGAGGGACGUCAGGCGCUGGAAGUCCGCUGGCGAUGGCGACGAAGUAGUCUUUCGUUUUGUGUACGAUGUUGUAUAGUCUUCG